AUGUCCGCUCCUUCUUCAUCAUCUUCUCAACCCUUCGGCGCACUUGCCGCAUACAUGAGACCGCCCCAGCACAUCGGUAUGCAGACAUUGGAUAGGAGUGCCUUUCAACGAGAAGUACCUGUCGUAUCGGUAGCUGUCGAAGCAUCCAAAGUGGGAAAGAUCAGAUUCAAUCCCGCGUUAAGAGGACAUGUCUUGGACCUUCCUAAGGUGAAGCCGAUAGUUGAAUCCCAGGAUGGUGAGAAAGGUAUAAGAUGGAUACGAUUACAUGUCUCUCGCGAGGAAGAUAUACCGUCCGAAACUAGAGAAUUGAUCGAUAGGGAAACAUUGGGUCUGAGGAAAGAGCACGUGCAGCUAGGAUAUGACAAUUGGAACACCUCCGAGAUACUAGGGGCUGUGUUACCAACCACCAAAUCGGAUGAUAUCCCUUCAUCAUUCACCUCCACUGGUCAUAUAGCGCAUAUGAACUUGAGAGAAGAGUGGUUACCUUAUAGGUACCUUAUCGGACAAGUCAUCCUGGAUAAAAACCCCGGUUUACGAACGGUCGUAAAUAAGCUAGAUACGAUACAUGCUCAGUAUAGGUAUUUUGACAUGGAGGUUAUAGCAGGUGAUCAAGAUUAUAUAACCACUCUGAACGAAUCAAAUUGUACAUUCACUUUUGAUUUCUCACGAGUCUACUGGAACUCCCGUCUGCACCACGAACACGAACGGUUGAUCGACCUGUUCAAGCCCAACUCUCUGGUAGCGGAUGUGAUGGCGGGAGUGGGACCUUUCGCUGUACCUGCAGCUAAACGGGGAAGUUACGUAUUGGGCAAUGAUCUGAAUCCAGAGAGUGCCAAGUGGAUGAGGGAGAACAGGAUAAAGAAUCAUGUCGAGAACAACCUUCGUAUAUUCGAACAGGACGGAUCUGAAUUCAUACGUACCAUCGCAUUGGAAGUAUGGCGUAAUCCAUUCAAGCCUAGUGCUCCUGCACCAUCAAAGAGGAAACAGAGGGAAGAGCGUAAAAAGCGUGUAGCAGCUACUUUAGAAUCCAAGAAGAAAGGUCAACAAGAACAAGAACAAGAACAAGAGGGGAAACCUAUUCAAAGUGCUAUAUCAAAUGCUGUUAGCAGUAUAGUCGAAACUCUAGGUGUUACCACUUUGACUAAUCCUCAUCCUCCUCAAGUUGAAGAAGAACAAAAAUUGCCUGAACCACCUAAGAUCAUACAGCAUUUUAUUAUGAACCUACCCGACUCGGCAUUGACAUUCUUGCAUUCCUAUCAAGGUUGUUUUACGCCGUUAUUGAACGAAGAAGAUUUCGUAGCGAAAUACGGUGUGGAUGGAAGAGAGUUGACAGAUGAGGAAUUACCGAUGGUUCACGUUUAUUGUUUCACGAAGGAGAUGGAGUUGGAUAAAGCACAAGAGGAUAUACUAAAACGAGCGAGUGAUGAUCUUCGUCAUCCAUUAUCGACAUCCACACAAGAUUAUAAUCUCCAUCAUGUGAGAUCGGUAGCUCCUAGUAAGGAUAUGUAUUGCUUGUCUUUCAGAUUACCUAGAAAAGUAGCUUUCAGUUCCGUGUAG